CGAGAACGAGGAGGAGGAGGAGGAGGAAGGGGGCUGCAGCGGGGUGGGGGCGAGCGGCGCCCCGCCGGGACUCGGCGGCUUCGGGCGGCGUUAACGCUUAAACUAUCAAAGUAGUUCCCGAGUUGUCUGUGGUGAUCCCGGACCACGUAGCUGCUCCUGAAGGAUGCCGGGUGCUCACAGGGUGAGGCGAGAAGAGCUUUAGGGAUGGUCAGGCACCUGGUGAGUAGGGUUUUUCAGUCUGCUGAAGGGGCAGUGGAUACACUAGGAUGGACACAGAAGAAUUCCCUCCCCCACCUCCAGAAGUUCUAGAGCAAGAGCCUAAAGCCACGGGUACGAAUGAUGAAGAGGAGGACGAGGGAGAGCAGUUUGACUUCGACAGUGGAGAUGAGAUACCAGAAGCAGACAGGCAAGCCCAUGUGCCACCUCCUCCUGAUCCUGGAAGUAACACAGAGCACCAAGAGGCUAACGGCACCGGGGCUGAUACCUUAGAAAGAAAUGGGGAGCUACGAGCAUCAGAACCUGCUGCGGAAGGCAUUCCAACAAAAGUAAAUCCCUACUCAGUCAUAAAUAUUUCCCCAAUGCAAGAGAAGGAUCCAUCCUCCUCCCCAGAACCAAGUCCUCAAGAUGAACCUCCAAGUCCGAAUGUGUCCGGUGGCUAUUCUGUCCCCGUGCCCUGUGGCUAUGCUGUGCCAUCCAAUUUACCUUUGAUACUGCCAGCAUACUCCAGCCCUGUUAUAAUACGCAGUGUUUCUGUAGAUGAAGAAGGUAUGCAGUCAGCAACUGAAGAAUGUCAUUGUAAUUCUUUAAACUCAGAGGAACCCCAAAAUAGUGAAGAUAACCAGGUCAAGAGAGAGGAUGAUGCUCUGGCAAAGUGGGUUGCAGAUCCUGCAAACACUGCAUGGAUGGAAAACCCAGAUGAAGUAAUUUAUGAUGAUGUACCAAGAGAAAAUUCAGACUCUGAACCAGAAGAAAUGAUUUAUGAUGAUGUUGAAAAUGGUGAUGAUGGUGGAAACAGCUCGCUGGAAUAUGGGUGGAGUUCAAGUGAGUUUGAAAGCUAUGAAGAACAAAGUGAUUCUGAGUGUAAGAAUGGAAUGCCCAGCUCCUUUUUGCGAGGCAACCACAAAAGACAUCUUUCUCAUGACCUAACGCGUUUAAAGGAGCAUUAUGAAAAAAAGAUGAAAGAUUUGAUGGCAAACACUGUGGGAGCAGUAGAGAUUCAGCAACUAAAGCAAAAACAUGAGCUGAAGAUGCAAAAGCUCAUGAGAGCUGCUAGAGAAGGUACCAAAGAUGGACUUGAAAAAACAAAAGCAGCUGUGAAAAAGGGUCGUUCUUUCAUUAGAACUAAGUCUUUUAUUUCCCAAGAUCAUAGAUCGUCAUGUCUGGAAGAAGAAGAGCUAAAUUUAUUUAUUGAUGUGGACUGUAUGCAUGCAGAAGCAAUCAUGACCCCUAUGCCCGAAGGAUUAUCGCAGCAGCAGGUUGUGAGAAGAUAUAUUUUGGGCUCUGUAGUUGAUAGUGAGAAGAAUUAUGUGGAUGCUCUGAAAAGAAUUUUGGAGCAAUAUGAGAAGCCCCUGUCAGAAAUGGAACCAAAAUUACUGAGUGAAAGAAAACUCAAAAUGGUCUUUUACCGUAUUAAGGAAAUUCUUCAGUGCCAUUCAAUGUUUCAAAUAGCACUGGCGAGUCGUGUAUCUGAAUGGGAUUCUGUUGAAAUGAUUGGCGAUGUCUUUGUUGCUUCAUUUUCCAAAUCUAUGGUAUUAGAUGCGUACAGUGAAUAUGUGAACAACUUCAGUACAGCAGUGGGGAUUCUUAAGAAAACAUGUGCCACCAAACCUGCCUUUCUGGAUUUCUUAAAGCAGUGCCAGGAGUCAAGCCCCGAUCGGAUUACGCUGUAUGGUUUAAUGAUGAAACCUAUCCAGCGCUUUCCACAGUUCAUUCUGCUAUUGCAGGAUAUGUUGAAGAACACUAAUAAGGGACAUCCUGACAGAUUACCUCUACAGAUGGCUCUUACAGAACUUGAAACACUGGCAGAGAAGUUAAAUGAAAGGAAAAGGGACGCAGAUCAACGCUGUGAAAUAAAACAAAUAGCAAAAGCAAUGAACGAACGUUAUCUGAAUAAGCUACUUAGCAGUGGAAACAGAUACCUUGUACGGACUGAUGAUAUGGUUGAAACAGUUUACAACGACAAAGGAGAAAUUAUCAAAACCAAAGAACGGCGACUUUUCAUGUUAAAUGAUGUGCUGAUGUGUGCAACAGUGAAUAUACGCUCAUCCUAUGAAAGCAGUGGCACUGUGACAACUGGCCAGAGGUAUUUAUUAAAAUGGAGCGUACCACUGGGACAAGUGGAAGUCAUAGAGUAUGGCAGCAGUGAGGGCCAAGGAGAGAACUGCAGGUUUCCACCCCAGCACUCUGCUGAAAAUGUCAUCAUUAACUCUAAGCCAAACAAGCUGUAUAUGGGACCAGGGCAACUAUACCAUGAUCUGCAGAACCUUUUGCAUGACUUGAAUGUAGUUGGUCAAAUAAGUCAAUUAAUAAGCAGCCUUAAAGGAAACUAUCAGAACUUAAACCAAUCAGUAGCCCAUGACUGGACGUCAGGUUUACAAAAACUGAUCUUGAAAAAAGAAGAUGAAAUCAGAGCAGCGGAUCGCUGUAGAAUUCAGCUGCAGCUUCCAGGAAAACAGGACAAGUCUGGGCGGCCUACUUUCUUUACAGCUGUAUUCAAUACAUUUACCCCUGCCAUCAAACAAUCAUGGAUCAACAAUUUACAAAUGGCUAAACUAGCCCUUGCGGAGGAUAACCUGCUAGGUUGGUUCUGUGUAGAAGAUGAUGGGAAUCAAAUCAAAAAGGAGAAACAUCCUCUCCUUGUUAGACACAUGCCAGUGAUGAUGGCCAAGCAACAGGAAUUUAAGAUUGAAUGUGCUGCUUAUAAUCCUGAACCGUACCUCUCUGGAGAAACUGAGUCAGAUUCCUGUUCUAUGGAACACGGUUUUCUUUGGAUUGGCAGUUGUACUAAUCAGAUGGGCCAGAUUGCAAUAGUCUCAUUUCAGAGCUCUGGCCCUAAGGUUAUUGAGUGCUUCAAUGUGGAAUCACGGAUUCUUUGCAUGGUCUACAUACCAGAGGAAGAGAAACUAAAAGAACGCAAUACGUCUCUAGAUUCUGAAAAUGUUCCUGCAAAAGCUUCUAAUGUGCCUACUAUUUGCCUUGGCAUGGAAGAAGGAAGCAUUUCUGUUUACAAAAGUUGCCAAGGUUCAAAGAAAAUUCGACUUCAACACUUCUUCACUCCUGAAAAAUCAACUGUUAUGAGUUUAACAUAUAUGUCGCAAUACUUGUUUGCUGGCUUGGUAAAUGGAAACAUUGCAAUCUACACAAAAGCAGAAGAUGGGACAUGGAACACUGAACCUCAGAAGACAGUUAAGUUGGGGGUUCUGCCUGUCAGAAGUCUGCUUGUGAUGGAAGAUACCAUUUGGGCUGCAUGUGGUGGACAAAUUUUUAUAAUCAGCACAGUGACGCAUUCCAUAGAGAGCCACUUUGAAGCUCAUCAAGAGGAAGGGAUGGUAAUCUCUCACAUGGCUGUUGCUGGAGUGGGAGUCUGGAUUGCCUUCACAUCUGGAUCUACGCUUCGCCUUUUCCACACGGAGACGCUGAAACACCUCCAAGAUAUUAACAUUGCCACGCCUGUUCACAAUAUGUUGCCAGGGCAGCAGCGUGUUUCUGUGACCAGCCUUCUGGUGUGCCAUGGUUUAUUACUGGUUGGAACAAAUCUGGGUAUAAUAGUAGCAUUGCCCGUGCCACGCCUGCAGGGGAUUCCCAAAGUAACUGGAAGAGGAAUGGUGUCAUAUCAUGCACACAAUGGGCCAGUCAAGUUUCUUGUAAUGGCUACGUCUAUAAACAAGAAAAACAAAAACAAGUUGAGGAACAGCCUGCCUCCUGGCUCAGAAUCUAAAGAAGACGACCAAAAGAAUGUUCUGCACAAUGACAGACCAGGCUCUUCCCUUAGUAACAACCCUGAUACUUCAGUUUGGCUGGGAGGUUCAGUAGGAUCCAUUGCACAAAAAAGUGACUUGUCUUCAUCUUCAGGAUCCCUUACUUUGUCUCACGGAUCAAGUUCCCUAGAGCAUAGACCAGAGGACAGUAACAUUUAUGAGCUUUUGAAGGAUCAAAAUUUCUCACUUAAAAGUAAAAGACAGAAAUCCAAGAAAAUGAAAGCAAUUUCAGUGUUAGUCAUUUCUGGUGGCCAAGGACACAGAAGAGUGAACAAGAAGACCAAACAGCAACGACAAGAUGAAUUAGUAUCUUCAGUGAUGGUCUGGCAGAUCCCACUAUUAAAUAUCUGAGUGAACAAAAUCCAAAAAACUUCCUACUGUUAAACAAAGUCUGGUAUCUUUUUACAGCAAAUGCCAGCCUAGGACCCAAACCAGUAGACCUUAUACACAUGAGAGCAGUUUCAGUAGGACUGGAUCACAGAUACAAGGCAGAGUCUUCACAUAUUUAGAACAUUCUGCAGUGUUAAGAGUAUUGGAAAAAGUUUAGCUGUUGAUUCUGUCUUUGAUACUUAGAACAGAAAGGGUUUGUUAGACACUUUUAAAGACUUUAGAAACCUUAUUUAUAUUUACAUUUAUAAAUAUCAUUAUGUUCUAUAGCACUUAGGGAAGGCAAGGAACAUGUGCUCUGUCGCAUGCCGUUUUCGGUUAUGUAAAUCAGCAGUUGUUUCCUUUUCCAAAGUGACAUAUUGCAUGGACUGUAGAUUUUAACAAAUUAGCAAAUAUUUUUAAACAAUAAAUAUUCUAAUGCAAGCUAAUAUUAAUUUGGUAACUACCAUAAUAGUUUGUAACAUCAUUCCAUAUGCCAGAGUUUGGUCUGAACAAAAGCAGUUAUUUUAAUUGACACGUGUUUAUUUCAGCGUAAAAAAUAGAUGUUUUUUAUUUCUAAUGCUCAGUAUUAUUAAAAAAAAAGUUGCAGUAUAAAAAGUGCAUUAAUUUUCUCAGUAGUUGCAAUGUGUCUGUCACAUAGAGAAAGUUCUAAGGAUGUUACAGCAUAGGGCAAAUAGAAAAUACAGAUGUAGAACAGCUGUGCAUUGUAGUGCUGGUAACACAUUCCCUCCUGGCAGCUUGGUAUCAAAGCUAGACAUGGACUGUGCCAUUUUUAAUUAGGUGUGCAUAACGAGUAUAUAAAUAAUGAGAAAUACACUAACAUUGCAAUACGUAUAGGAAGCGCACGUAAUCACUGUGGGCAUUUGCCCUACGUCAGUUGAUUUUUGCUACAUCCUCAGGCAAACACCUAUCAAAAAGUGUCACUGCACAACUGCAGACAGCAGAGAUAUGAUCCUAACUUUUCACCCAGAUAUUCAGCCAAACAUGGUCUUGCAAGCGGAUAUUGUGAAAAUAGUGUGCACAGUUUCUUUGCGUUCAUUCACUCAGUGAGGAAAGGUGUUGCUUUGGUGCUGUUAGAGGGCUGAAAUCUAAACAGAGACCUAAUUAAUCAUCUUUUCUUCAUGAAUCAAUAUAUUUCCAAAGGUAAUGUUGAAUUUGGGGAUUACUACUGACAUUGCUUUUUGCACUAGUCUCUGUGCAUGUGAAAUACAAGACAAAGCCUUCAGCUCAGAAAGACGUAAAAAAUGGUGAUGAGACACGGCAUUCAAUCAAAAUGCAUUUAAUGUGUGUUGAGUGAAGGAACGGGGAACAUCCUUUUCCCUUGUCAAUAGACUGGAAGAUGCAGAGAAGUCAGGACUCAAGUUUCAUUUGGAUAUGUUAGGAACUGUAAUACUGUCCAUCAGUUCAAUAAAAUAUAAAUUGUGUCCAAAGCAGAAAGUCUGCCAGAUGUUUGCAUUGACUAAAGUCAAGUGCAAGUUUUGACUGCUUCGGAACUCUUCUAAUCCCAGUAAGGGGAUGGAUUUCCCUCAAAUUAUUUCUGCUACUUAUAAUACAAACUCCUUGAUUACACCAUGUUUUGUUUCAGUCUGCAUAGUUUUAAUCAACGUUAGCCAUAAUUAGGGUUUCCCUGCACAUUAUAUUUCAAAGUAAACAGUACUAGAGACUGGAUUAGUUUGUUCAAUAUAAGAUAGUUUUUUUUUUUUUUUCUUAAAUAGCAGCAGCAUUAUAAGCGUUACUGAAAUUUCUUUUGCUAUUUUUCACCAAAUUUGUAUCUCUCUAAAUUCUCAGUCUGCUCUAAAAAGCAAACCUGUAUCAAGCUGACUCCAAAGUCAGUGGGUGGGCUGACUCACCAAGCCUGAUGGAGCACCGCAGUACGAGACCAUCGUGUCUUCCUGCCACAUGACACACAGUAUGCGGGACAGAGGGAAUGCUGCUGCGGAAAACCUUUGCCUGCUGGCUGGCACUAAAAUAGACGUUUCAAAAAUCAGAUAUGCAUGCACAUUUCUUUUCAGAGGUUUGGCCCACAUCCUACAUCCCGAUGAGUUUGGGCUUCUUAAGCCAUAAUAACAUCGACUUCAAUAACUCAUGAAGGAAAUUUCUUAUGGGUUGGAUUGUAGGUUUAGGUCCUUCCUUACUGUUUUGUGCUUUUACACUGUGUCUUUCACCAUCUACAUCUCACUGCUUCAGCUGGGUGUUGUCAGCAUUGGUGUGGGCUUAGUGUUGGCGUGAGUCCUUGAGCAAAACAAUUUAGCGUGCCUCUAAGCCAUCAGCCAGUAACAUUUUCCCCAAAUUUUCCUCCUCUUCCUGACCUAGUGCCUGGUCUUGCCUGAGGGAUCAAGGCUGGUAGUGUUUUCUACACUCUUCCAUAGCUAUGGCCCUGGGAGUUGCUCUUUGCCCACUGUGUGGAAGUACUAAAUCGUACAGUUUAAUGUAUGUAUAUUGAAAAACAUGUUAAAAGAUUCUUCUGUGUAUAAAGCAUAUAUAACCUAGCGUCCAUUUGCUACACUUACAGCAAAAAGACUAAAGGUGUGAUUCUACGUGCCCAUUGGGUGUGGGCUUCCAUGUCCAUGCUUUUGGGACUGGAAUUACGAUUAUGCCCACUCUCUCGUGGUUCGUUAUCACCGAGAAUGGUAAGCUGAGUCCCCCACACAUUCAACUGGAAAUCCAUGCAUGGAGCUAUUACAGAAUCUGCUGGCAACGAUGCAUGAGAGUUUUAAAAUGUUAAGCGAUAUUCAUCCUAUCUUCCAGCUGAGAUGUUUUCUUCAGUUCAGACAACAGAACAGGAGAAACAAAUCCAAAUUUGCUCUUCUGAAAGUCCAUCAGUAUUUUGCCACUGACUUCAGUAAGACCAGCACCACAUUUACAUUACACUGUUUUGAAAACAAACGUAUCUGUUUGUCUUACUGAGUGGUUUAGAGAAAGAAAAGCUGUAUGUCUUUUGUUAGAGACACACAUUGUCAUGAACUGGAUUUUCAGUAAUGAACUGAGCACAACGUGCAAUGCUUAUUUUCUGAUACACAGCGUACGUAGCAAGGUAUUACCUUACUGUGAAAGCAGAGAGGAACCAAAGUUUAUUUUACAGAAGGCAAAUAACCUUUAUAGCCGUUUCAGACUGCUGCUGGGUAGGUUGGAUCUUGCUUUCUGAUACUGCUUUUCUAGAUUAAUAGAAGUUAUGGAAAAUAUUAGGGAAAAAGGGGAGCAAGUGUAACCACUAUGAUAUACUCUGUAUAUGUUUUCUAACACAUAGUAGGGUCUUUUAUAACAUGAGCCAUAAAACUUAUGUAUUUAUGUUCAAAGCAUAAACUGAAAAAAUGUUUAAUAAAAAUGUGAUAAAAAU